AUGUGUCUACAACAAUUGUGUCAUUUUCUAAACGCUUUUCUUGCCAACAAUACAGAACUCUCUCGACAUAGUAGCACAGAAAAUGAGAAUCAACAAUAUCUCGUUGCAUUGAAUCCAUUGGAAGAGACACCAUUAAGACAUGAUCUUGACAUGGAUACAUGUUGUAUUCUAUUAAAUCUCUUUCAAAAUCGACUACCAUCUUUUCAUCAAAUCUUAUGGUGUUCGACAACAACUGAAGACGAUAUUCAUCUAUUCUUCUCUUGUGUACGAACAUUUCAUGAUUUGACAUUCGUUAUUAUGAAUAUCGAUAAAAUGCAUCAUCGACUUCGCGAACUACUACUGAAUGAGCAAGACUCAUUAGCACGACUGCAACAGCCUCAUGGAGUUAUCUAUUACGUUGUACGCGGAUCAAUCAUAAAUAGAAAAAAUCUAAGAUCAUUUCAAAUUCAUCCUAAACAUCGAGAUCCACAUCAAACUUGUGCACAGUUACUUACGCUCUAUCGACAGAAUUACGACAGUGUUCAACCCCAAUUUGAAAUUAUUUGUGGAGCAUCUGGAAUAGGAAAAACUCACCACAUCAAUACGAACUAUAAAAAUGGUGAUACUAUAAAUUUUAGUGUUAAUGAUAAAUUAAGCGUGUCAUUAUUAGUCAGCUUGUUGCUAUUGUAUGAUUCAAAAACGUUAAAUGAUCAUCCAUCAAUUUAUUUCAAUAUUUCGAUUCAUGCACCAUUUGAAGAAUUGAAUCGAGCUUUUUUUUCAUUAUUCGUAUGCGGUUCACUUACUGAUGUUGAUAGUGGUCUUACAUUUUCAUUGUCGAACACAAAAUCGUGGAAGUUCAUCAUGGAAAUUCCUCACACGAAUAAAUAUGCAAUGAAUAUCCGACAGAAUUUCAAUAAUAUAUUACCAUUAAUGUCAAUCAUAGCAUCCAACUCAAUCGAGGAAGUUACUGGUGAGAAUUAUCAAUUAUUUAUCGGUGAAGAAGAAGAAUUAGUAGCGCGCUUCUUAAAAGCUGAUGAAAAUGGAACAAUCAAUCGUCUACUAAUAGUCGAUUCUGAUAACAAAGAGAAACCUGUAGAAUUCGACAAAUUGGCAAGUUCAGAUGAAUGUCGUCAACAUAUUUAUGAUUGCAUAAAUAAAUAUGCACCAGAGUUACCAAAAAAUAAAAUAUAUGAAAUCUCUUUUGUCAAAUUUUUGUAUCGACGAAUUCGAUUUUUUACUAGUCACUUUUAUUGUUUCAAUAUGGUAAUUAAUAAUCUUGGUUCAAUAGCCAUGAAACAAAUGAUACACGAAGCUAAACAUCUUGCUCAAAUUGAUUUUCGUUGUGAUAAUUAUCCUCGUACAUAUCUUGUUUAUGACCCAAAUUUUUCAUUACAAUUACUUUACCAUGAUUGGAAUAAUGUAUUCAAUGAAUUGAAACAAUUAUUCAAUUAUCGUGAACCUAAACUAAAUAAUGAAUUUCAAAAAAAGAAUUAUUUAGCCGUGUGUUUGUCCUGGCUUCUUGAUAUGCAAUAUGAAACAUUUGAGAAAAUAAGGAAUAAUACAAAAUUUAUUUUGACUGAAAGUUUUGCUUACAAAUUGUUUCAUGUACAUGAACGCAAACUGACAAAACUUCCGUUGAUUAUCGAAGGUGAAACCGGCGUUGGAAAGACAUUUUUGCUUACGUUCUAUUCGUUACUAUUAAAUGCAAAUAUUACCAAUGGUUCACUUCAACAUAAUAUAGCUCCACGUAUUCGUGAACGUAUAAGUUUGUGGUUGUUGCACAAUGUUAUUAUCGCUAUUCUUGAGAAUGAAUCAAAUUUAUUGAGCAUAAUUCUGCGUCAGAUUAAACAAAAAUUAAAAGGUUUUAACAAUGAUGAUCAGAAGAUGAACUCAACUGCAGCACAUCCAUUAGAUUUGAUUGACAAAACGGUGGUUGGAAUCGAAAAUGACAAUAAUGAAGGUGAUGAUGAAAAUCUAUUGCAUGGGUCUAGUGAGACUCAUCUUGAGAAUAUCGGCCCAGAUCUUCUCGACGAAAAUGGAGAUAAUCAAGGAAUAGAAAUAAUGCCACAAGUCACGCCUCAACAUCGAUUGAUCGAUCCCAUUGAUAUUGAGUUUUUAAAAGAGAUCAAACGUUCAUUACAGAACUUUGAACAUGACAAUAAUAUUUUACAAUAUAUUUGGAAAACAAUCAUCACAAUAUCAAGUGAAAAUCAAAGGAACAUUACGAAAAAACUUAUUCUUGAGUUGUACAAUUAUAUAACAUCCCAGUUGUCAGCUUUACCAUUGAUCGAAGCAAGUCAUCUUCUAAAAAAUCUACUGAAUAAGUCACAUUCAUCAUCGAUUCAUACCUCCAUUCGGAUGUUCAAUGAGUAUUUGUGUUAUACUCAAGUAAAACCAGUGUUCUAUCGCCUUUUACUUCAUCCUGGCGUAACUGAAGAGCAGCUCGAAGAAUUCAUGUCACCCAUUGUUCAACUUGCUAGAGCAUUACAUAGUAUCGAACUAGUUGUCUUCUUUGAUGAAAUCAAUACAUCAUCAUGCCUUGGUCUAUUCAAAGCAAUGUUCAUGGAUCGAACAUUACAUGGGACGAAUCUACCAGAAAAUAUCUUUUUUACUGCUGCCAUCAAUCCAGCAUCAACAUUAGCAAGUACUGACAAUCUUCCUUAUCGUUUAGACUACGUGGUACAUCAACUACCACAAGCUCUUGAAGGUUUAAGAGUGUCUUAUGGCAUAUUAGAAUCAAAAACAUUAGCUGAUUAUAUCAGACAAAAAAUUGCAAUGUUCAAUGUUCGUGCAUCGAACAAUCUCGAAACGCGAAUGCCCUUGCAAAACUUUGCACAAGAUCUACUCAGUCAAUCGAUUUUAGCUGCACAAGAAUUUUGUGAAACACGUCUUGGAAAAAAUACAGUAUCACAACGAGAAAUACAACGAUGUUUCAAUCUUAUUGAAUUUUUCUGGAAAAUGAGAUAUGAUGGCGAAACUAAUCCGAAUUAUCAGCCUAAUCCAAUUCGAUGUAUUACAUUAUCAAUAGCAUUAAUCUACUAUUUUCGACUUCCAACGGAGGAAGAUAAUCGGCAACGAAAUGAUCAUCAUACACCAACACGUGAAGAAUUAGGAAGUUUACUUUCUGAUAUCAUUCCUGAUUUUGUCGAAAUCAUUCAACUUGAACUCGAAAAAUUUGUCAAUAUUGACAAUUUUGUUAUUCCACAUGGUGUUGCAAUAAAUCAAGCUGUUCGUGAACAUCUCUUUGCGAUUGUGGUCAGUGUAGUCACUCGAACACCUCUAUGCAUCAUUGGUGCACCAGGGCAAUCGAAAACUCUAUCUUUUCAAAUUGCCUUGCAAAAUUUGCAAGGUCCACAGUUAUCUACAAAACAAUUUUGUAAACGUCUACCAUCUAUCGAUCCAGUCUGUUGUCUUGGAUCAAAAUAUAGUCGUUCAGAAGACAUAGCAUAUGUCUUUGAUAGAGCUAUUCAACGUGAACAACAAUAUAAACAAUAUCGAAUGAACACACGAUGUGUCGUUUUUCUUGAUAAAGCUUCGUUGCCCGAUGAGAAGAAAAUGGUAUUGAAAGUAUUGCAUUCGUAUUUGGAUGAAUGCAAAGUGGCAUUUAUAGCCGUAGCUAAUAAACCGUUUGAUGCUGCUAAUGCAAACAGAAUGAUUUGUAUUUAUCGAUCACGUCCAUCAGAAGUCGAUCAAAAAAUAUUAGCCUAUGGUUGUCUUGGUCUAGAUAUUAAGACGGAAAAACAAAUGAUUAGUAGUCGUACAGAAGCUAUUGUUCAUGGUCUCUGCCAAGGCUAUCGUCAAGUACUUAUGAGUUCAGAUAUUCCACACAUUUUUCAUGAUAGAGAUUUCAUCUAUAUGCUACGAGAACUUCGUUUUGAACUGACAAAAAAUUCAACAGAUGAUGAUACAUAUAUUGAUGGAAUUACACCGAAGAGUUUAUUGCAUGCACUUGAAGACAAUUUUAAUGGAAUAAAUGAAGAACAAUUUCAAAGAUUAGUUCAAAUUUUUUUGGAUGCUGUUCGAAACGAUUGUGACGAUUUUGUCUUACCAUCGAAAGAACAAGAUAAAACAAUUUAUCGAAAUGUACCAACGAUUAUCCGUGAAUCAAUGGAACUUGAUUCAAUACAUCGUCGUCUUUAUGGUCGUUACAAAUUAAUCAUUGACGAAUCAGAAGAUGAAAGUGCCGUUCAUCUUCUCUUUCAAAGUGGUCUUCUCAGUUCGGAUCCGAAACGAACGACCGUCUUUAGAAUGUCCGACUUUGCUGAGGAUAUUAAUAAUGAACUUCGAAAUACAGAAAUUCUUUCAAAUAUCAAAUUAUGUAUGGAAACAGGCAAAACAAUAUUGAUGGUUAAUACGGAACGCAUUCAUGGUUCACUUUAUGAUGUAUUUAAUCAAAAUUUUUCGAUUAUGGCUACAUAUGAUACGAGAAAGAUCUUUUCUAAAGUAGCAAUUGGCCCGAAAACUAUUGAUGUUGUAGUGCAUGAAGAUUUUCAAUGCAUUAUACAUGUAAAACGGAAUGAAGUAAUACAUAUACCAGCACCAUUUCUCAGUCGCUUUCAGAAAUAUUCGUUAAGUGUCAAUGAUUUCUAUCGAAUACAAUUGAAACGUCUUGUUGACAAUGAACAGACAAUUAUAAAAAAUGUUGAAGAAAAAGUACAGAGUUUCAUUCAACAUUUUGGACGACAAUAUUUUUAUGGUUUGAAUGAAAAUACAUUAUAUUCAUGUCUUCUACCACUUAUUAAGAUCAAUGAUAACCAACAAUAUUAUUUAUCGAAUCCUAGUCAACAUUAUACUCAACUCACUAUUAAAUCAAAAUCAUUCAUUGAGAAAAAUCCGACUGACGUUCAACAGUGUCUUUUACGUUUACUUCUUUCGAAAUUGAUUCAACUUGUUUCUCCAGAAUCGAUCAUUUUAAAACUACCGACUUUAGAAGAGACCAUUGCACAAUCUCUUUGUAUAAACUAUUUUCAACAGCAAGAACAUUUCAAUAUUGAAAAUUUUAUUCGGGAAUUAAUUUCAAAACCAUUGAUCAAUAUUGAUAAUAAUGAAUUAUUGAAGGAUACUAUGGAUGAAUCACAAACGGAAAGCAACAUUCUUAUAACAAAAAAAGUGAUGAUAUUCACACGGACAUCAUCUUAUUUAGAUGGUCUCAAUAAGCAAACAAAAUCAGAAUUUUUCAAUAAUGAUGAUUUCUACGGUUAUGAUGGCAACUACAGCGAUAAAAUUGAUGUUAUAAAUCUGGCAUCCAUAGAAAACUCUGUAGAAAUACAAGAUGAAUUUCAUACUUUUGGGCAAGAUGAACAAAAAACUGUUCUCAUCAUUGUUAUUGAAGCUCAGCAAUCCUAUCAUAUUCCUUUUCUUCAACAACUUAUUGAUCAUACUCAAUACACAUACAAUGCUGAUAUGCGACUACAACCAAAAUAUUUUCUUAUGCUUGUUCAUUCUCCAGCACGACAACUUUAUAAUCAAUUUUGUUUUGCUUCAAUUUUCUUAAACAAUUGGGAUUUCUACUUUUUUGAUACUUAUAUAUCAGAAAGUGCAUUUCAUCUACAAAAAAUGCUACAAAUUUUAUUACCAUCUUCUAAGGAACCAGAGGAAUCAUUCGACAAUAUCCUACUCGAUCUCAAUACUUCUUUUGACGAUUGUCUAUGGGAUUUUUGUUCAAAAAUUCAAAUUAUUCUUCAGGAAUUACCACAAGAAAUGUUCAAAAAUAAACUUGCACAUCAAUUCUAUCAACGUCGAACGGGUAUCAUUAUACGUGUUCAAUGUUUAAAACAAAUUCUGCAAGAAUCAACUCAAUUACAAAAACAACAAAAUACAAUUGUUCAUCAACAUCAUGAUGUAGCUCGAAGAGUCACUACUGCUGAUAAUACUGAUUCUGGACUGAACGAAACAGUCAUAUUAUCUACAGAGCAGUUUCGAUCGGAAUUGGUAACAUCUGUUCUGAAUGAUACGACAUUAACUGAAACUAUCACCGAACAUGUUCUUGAUUCAUAUUUGAAUGAUUUGGUUCGAACAUUCUGUACAGUCUUAGAAAAACAAUUCACUGAUGAUCAUACUCAAUCUGAAAAAGCGAUCGAUUUCAUUGGACAAUGGUUACGACUCGUCGACGAUGACGAUCUUCAAUCGCUACAAUUGUGUGCAAAUCGAAAUGUUUUUCUACUUGCUUAUGCUUAUACUUUGUUUGAAUAUGUGCAAGAUGAUGUCUUAUCAUUAUAUUCAGCUUGCCGAGAUUACGUUAUUCUACAUUUCACUGGUUUACUAUUAUGUGAUACGAAUCUAAAUUCAGAUAAUACAAAGAAGCUUAUGAACAUCGUUAAAACUCUGAUCGAACAAUACUUGUCAAUCGAUGAGCCAAUGGUUCAAUUCAGUCAUCAUUUACAACUUUUUCUUGCCACUAUUAUAUCAAAACGUUCAUGGUCUUUUCUUUUGGAUCUUCUCAAAUCGGAUCGUAUUCGAAAUGUAAAUAAUCAAUGGGCAGAUUACUUAUAUCGUCUGCUUGAAUCAAAAGAAUUAGUUCGAUUGAAGAAAGACUUACAAUUAUGUCAUCAACUUCAAUUCACAGUAGCUUCAAAAUCGGAUAUUUCAUCCAUUUUUCCACAUCUUCAUGUGUUCUAUGAUGAAUUAUGCAAGACUAUUGAGAACUGUAUUACAAGUGAUGCACUUGAAGACCGAUGGAAACCUCUAUCCGAUUGGAUCGAAACUAAACUUCAUUCUGAUCCUGUUCAACUGACGUCGAAUGAAAUUAAAGCUAUGUUAGUACUGAAUAUCUACUACAACUAUUAUUGUAGCAAUCAAUUGCUCUUAGUUCAACCUCUGUUAGAAAUCGUGAAUGACACACUGGAACCUUUGCCAGAAGAUUUGCAAGUAUUUCAAGCACUAUUGCAACCCGAACAGCAUAUUAUCGGAUAUUCAGAAGAGAAUGUUAAUGAAGACAUCAACUACUUAAAUAGAUUAUUUAAACUUGAUUGUAACGAAAAAGAUGAAUUAGGCAUUCGUCAUUGUCUAGUCAAUCUUAUGGCGAUGAUUUUGAUGGGUGGCAAACAAAGCUUUCUCUGGACAUUUGCUUUUGAACCGUUAACAUUAGAAAAUACAUAUGGUUUUGGAUCGACAACACAUUACAUCAUUGAGGCUAAUGGAAUUCAUUAUGACUGCGGUUGUGUUUUAACACUGAAUGGUGAUCUUUUCCGAUUUCCAACUAGAACAAAUCACAAUAUCAUGAAUGUUCCAGCUGUUUACACUGUCUUGUUCUCAACUUUCGGUGCUAUGGCCUGGCAUUUACUCUUGUUUAACACGUCCAUUGAAAAUUUGCACGGUCACAUUUUAGCCCCAAGUGCUAUUGCAGAUAAUGCUAUUGAUGUUCGUACUGCUGGUAAUAAUUUACGAACAAAAAUUUGUCAUUUCGUCCGUGCUCGAUUAUUGUCAACUUUUAACUUUUUAUCGAUACGCUCAAGUCAAGAUGAUGCAUGUAUUCUACUUGGGCGUUGCUUCGAACAAAUGGCUUUUCUAACUGUAAAUCAACAAGAUUCUUGGAUCAAACCUAUCUACAGUACACUUGAAGAUGAACUCAACGCUGAAAUGAAAUACCAGAGUGAAGUAUUUUUUCUUGCUUAUCAAAAUGCGGCUAAACAUAAAACAUAUAUCAAUGAACUGCAAUUGCAAUCAGAGAUUCAAACCAGUUUACACAAGUUUAUUACUCAGAUGCCUAUGACUAUUCAAUUUUCACAUUUUGAAGCCGAGUUAUGUAAUCCAACGCAUUCUCGUUUGCCACUGAAGCUCUUAAGAUAUAUUUUGGAUUCAAUUGAUGUUCUAAAAAUGAUGAAAUACAUUCCUGACUUGACUCGAUUCUAUCUUCUGUUACAUCAAACAUAUACUCAAUUAAUUGAAAGGGACGAAUUCAUAGAGGUUACAUUGAAAAAGCUAUAUGAUCGAGCACAAACAAUUUUUGUUAGUUCUCAUCAUCAACAAUAUCCACACGAGACUGACAAUCAUUUCAAUAUUAUCAACAAAGGUAUUGAAGCAAUCAAUGCUUACCAUAAAUUUACGGAUGGUCUUAUCCGACCAGGUGCUUGUGAUGAAACUCAACGGUUCUCAACUGUUUCAUUCGAUACACCAGUGCAUUAUUUUGUCACAACAGAAAAUCACGAUGAAGGAGAUAUUACAAUGCGCAUACUAAGUGUUCUCGUGGAUUAUCACAAUAGUUUAUUAGAUUUGAUUGAGCAAACAAUGAGUAGUGACGAAAAUCAUGGUGUUGGUAUAUUGAAGAUAAUGGCUAAUGAAUUAAUAUCUAAAGAAGUUUCUAUACUAAUAAUUGCCGGUAAUAAUAAUGGAUUCAUUACAUUAACUGACGACGAUUUUUCUUGGAUUGAACAACUAUGUCGAGCAAGUCUCUUAGUUGACGAUGAGUAUUUUCCAAAAUUUGGCACAAAAUUCACUGUCGAUUUUAUGUACUUACAAUCGUACAUUAUUCGUACAUAUCUUCUACGAUGUCACAUUAAUUAUCGACAAAUUGUUCAAAAGUAUCAAUGUUAUGUACGACAAAUAAAACAUAUGAAUACAACAGAAAAUACUGAAAUACUAGAUCUAGGUGAAAACUAUGCGAUAUUAUUAGACGAACGACAAUUAGAAACUGACUGGAAACAUUUGAAGUUAAUGUAUUUAGAUAAACUUUAUCAUGGUCAUAAUUUUCUUCGACAAAUAGCUACAAUAUUAAGACAUAAUUCAGAUGAUCAUUCUUCGAAAGGAUUAUAUGAAUUUGUCGAAUCAGGAACUGAGGAAAAUGCUCAUCUGCGAGAACAAUUAGAACGAUAUGAAAUAAAAGAUUUUCAAUUAUGUUAUAUCGAUCAUGUACGUCAAUUAUAUGAAAAAUCGAUUGGUGGCUUUCAAUAUUUGUUUACUGAUGUGCCCCAUCUUCUUCAUACUCCGAUCGAUGAACAAUCACAUAAUGAACUAAAUCAAAUAAUUGAAUCAGCACUCAAUCUUACGAAUGAAAAUCUUCAAAUUGAUGAAAUUCAAUCCAUAGUACAGCGAAUCACUGAAUUCUCGAAUGAACUCAAAGCAAUCGAAAACACUCUCCUCGAACAAUCGACUAGAUCAUUGAGAGAAAUUUGUGAAUAUAUAACUGUUGAAAAUCCAAUAAUUUCAUUGAUUCCCGAUGUAAUCAAAUGCGAACAUUAUGUUUCACUCAAUAUUUAUUUGAUUCAAUUACGAUCGAUUUUACAAGAACGAACAAUUAAUAUUCAAGAAAGAGAAGCAACAAUUUGGAGUGAAAAUUUCGAUCUUCAAUCCGAUGCUCAACAACAAGAUAGAAAAAGAAGUUGUUAUCAAGAUUAUUUAACUCCAAUGACUACUGUUGAUAAUGAUCAAAAAGAGAAUGACUCAGAUGAAUGGUCUUUACUACCGAUCAAAACUGAGGAUUUGGUUGACAAUACUAAUAAUGAAACACUCAAUGUUAUUGAUCGAGAACUAGAGCCAAAACUUGAGUUUGAAGUUGUUCAAAACAUUGAAGACGAAAUUAGUUCUGAAUAUAGAUCACUUUUCAAAUUAAGUAUACGCUUCGUUCCAUUGACAUGCUCAACAUUAGUUCAACAAGUUCAUGAACAAGAACAUUCAAUACUGUCAACGAUUGCGACCAGAGCUCAAAGAUACACUCUUAAAUAUCCUGAUGGAAAAAAACCUAGCUCCCAUAUGUGUACAAAUAUUGAACGUGUUAUAACUAUUGUUCACAUAGUUAUUGGAUUGGGUCGAGUUCUACGAGAACAUAAAGUUAUUCAGAUGAAAUAUCCAUUACCAGAAUUUGUGAUUAUACAUAAAGGUGCAUCAAUGUUGAAAGACGUUGAAUGUUUUGAAUAUUUUAUUCUAGAAACUAAAUUAGUUGAAACUGAUGAUAUAACUAUUGAUUAUUCAGUUGGAUCACAAACAAGAGAAACAACUUAUGUUGUAUUAGAAGAAUGCGAAGAAAUUGAAGCAAUUCUAAGAAAAUCCUUUAAACGUAUCACAUUGCCAAAAAUGGCUACAUGGGAACCAGAUGAUGAUGCACAAAGAGUAACAACAAUAUUAGAAAAAAGAAUGAAUUGGUUACCAAUAAUAAUUAUUGUUGUAUCAAUUAUUUCUCUUCUAAUCGUUGGCUUGGUUGUAUUCGUUUUACGUAAACGCCGUGCUAACAAAGGUUAUAGACAAGCAACAACAACAGCUCGAGCAAUUCCGAUAAGGGCAUAA